AUGACGUUUACUCGUUCCCAUUCUACUAUCCUUUUCGACUACAAUAUCUCUGGUUUGACAAUUGAACGCGUUGAUAAUCUAACCGACCUUGGUUUUAAACUAACUAGAAAUCUUAGCCCUAGUCCUCAUAUUGCGAUGAUUACUAAUAGAGCAUUUAAAGUUUUAGGGUUCAUUAUGCGUCUAUCUAAAGACUUUAAAUUGUCAAAAUCAUUAAAAUCAUUAUAUUGCGCUUUAGUUCGUCCUAUUUUAGAGUACGGGUCGGUUGUCUGGGAUCCGUACACUGCUUCUGAUAUUAAUCAACUUGAACGUGUUCAACAUAGAUUUUUGAGAUUUUGUUGUUUUGUCCCAUUAAGCUAUUACAUUCGAUUCGACAAUAUUGUACUCAUUUCUGAUUGUGGUACGCCAUAUCAACUUACUUUAACUGACUUGGAGGAUCGAAUGAUUCCAAAAAUAGCACACUUUAAUUAUGAGUAUAUGGUUUCUAUGGGUUUUAAAUCAUUUGUGGAUGUCAUCACUGGCACAGUUACAGCAAUUAAUAAAGCCGAUAAAUGUGUUACCGUUAAUGAAGAUGAACAAGUAUAUUACGAUUAUUUAUUUUUAUUUUAUGGUGAACAAUUUGGGUACACUGCUAAAGAAAAUGAAAUUAAAUCUAAAAAUUCUAUCGAAUCAAAUGAUGAAACAAACAUACUGGAAAAUUUAUUUUUUUUAAAUUCUGAACAUGAUGUCACACAUAUUAUUGUACUCGGAAAAUACUUGGGAUCACUAACAGUGAUUAAUGCUCUUCUCGAAAGCAAUAUUCAAGGACCUCGAAUAGUUUAUAUUGAAACUUAUGAAAAAAAAAACAUUCCAUUUAUUACUAAUAAGUUUAUUAAAAAUGCUGUUUACAAUGAAUUAUAUAGUCAAGGAGUACGUGUGUACAAAAAAUGUGUAUUCGAAAAAUUCACAUUAAAUAGAGAUCGAACGCAUAUACGGAAAGUGACCUUUACAGCGACUGGUGACAUACUACUUACGCUUGAUUGUGCUACAUUAUUUUGGUUCGACCAGAAGUUUACUAAUAAAGUAAAUUGGUUUACAAUGUUACAGUCCGCGUUGAAGUUUGAUGGACAUUUAGUGGUAAACACAUCGUUCGAGACCAAUAUCGAAUUUGUGUAUGCGGCAGGACCUAUGGCGAGGUUCAUGCAUAAUAAAUAUUUUGUUUUAUCACACCACAUGUAUUACAAUAGAUUAGAGAUUGGAGAUCGAGUGGCCAACGUGCUGAUGAAACGUUUGGGAAUUGUUGAUGACGACAAAUCAAACGAUGACUAUGUUCGUCCACUUUUUGUUUAUUGUCAAUUCCCUGGAAAAUACAAUUACCUCCACACCGAGGUGCCCGUUUGGCGAUCUCUAAAGAAAAAUUCAAAAACACUAAGUACUGGGAAUGCCACUGAUGGAUAUUUUGAAAUUAUUGUAGAUUCUAAUGGUGACGUAUUAGAACUGUCGUGUUAUUCAAAUAAAGAUAUUAAGUAUUUAAAUCUAAUAAAUUUGUGCGGAAAACACGUGAAUUUAUUUAACGAUAUGAUGUACCGCUUCAAAAUGGAUUCUAUUCCGUGUUUUUUUGAAUAUUUCAACCAGUCUUGGUCGUACCCUUUGUACUCAGACAGGUUUUGGAAGAUGUUAAACGAGAUGAAACUAAAAAGAGACAAUAAAAUUUCACGGUUGGCGAGGUCUCCUUAUCUCGAUAACCGUUUCGAUCAGUUGUACGGAGAAAAAUUAAACGCAGCUUUGAUGAAUUUCGUCGCUAAUAACGUGGACGAUUUUCCAAUGUUUUCUCACACCAUUGAUCAAAGAGAAACAGAAGAUGAAUAUAACACGGUUUAA